AUGGCCUUCAAGUUUGUCAUCCUUGCUGCGCUCGUCGCUGCCGUCAGUGCUGGUGGACCGGCCGCCUAUUCAAUUGCCGCACCGAGCGUGGACUACCACUCGGUCGGAGCCUCGCAUGAGCACACUGUCAAGGGUCUGUACGGCCAGAAUGUGCUGUCCCAGUACUCGAAAGCCGUCGAUUCCGCACACUCGUCGGUCCGCGUGCACAGCUCUCGUCUGAGCAACGAUGGAUUCGCUUACGCUCCGGCCGUUAAAUACGCCGCUCCGGCCUACGCUGCCCAUUAUGCCGCUCCCGCCGUCCACUACCCAGCUGCCGCUCACUACGCCGCUCCCGCGCACUACGCCGCUCCCGCUGUCCACUACCCGGCUGCCCAUUAUGCCGCUCCCGCCGUCCACUACGCUGCCCACGCCCCGAUCGUUAAGGCUGCAUACCCUGCCGUUGCCGCCCCGCUGGCCUACAAGGCUCCGCUGGCCGCUCCUGUAGCUGCCGUGCACGGUGGAUCGAUUGUCCAGUUCGCCGGUCUCGGUGCCAGUUACGCCUGGUAA